AUGAAGAGUGUCUUCGUCUUUGACCUGCACCCGAGCCCUUGUCCAUGCCCACAGCCCUUGUGUUAUUCCUAUGUCCUGCCCACUCUGCUGAAAAAGAAGGUUGCCCCAGAACAUCCAGAGGGACUCGUCCAGGUGAAUGUCUCUGUCACAGGUUUCCAGCAGGUUUCCAGUGACACCAUGGCAGAGUCAUCUGAUAAACUCAGAAUCGUGCUGUUUGGAGACCGUGAACAGGACAAGAUAACUCUAUGUAACUUCAUCACCAGAGAAGAAGCUUCUAUAUCUCAGAGAGACUCAGAGAGGAUGAACUGUGAGACCACUGAAGGAGAGUGGAGAGGAAAACCAUUAACAGUGGUGAAAGCUCCAGACAUGUUCAGUCUGUCUGUGGAGACACUGAGAGAAGAGGUGAAGAAGUGUGAGACUCUUUGUUCUCCUGGACCAAAUGUUCUGCUGCUGUUAGUGAAACCUUCUGAUUUCACUGAGGAGAACAGACGAACCCUGAAGUUCAUCCUGAGUCUGUUUGGUCCAGAUGCUUUUAAACACUCGAUGGUCGUCAUGACAGAGAAGAAGAGAGGAACACCAUCCACUGUCGACCAGCUGCUUCGAGACUGUGGAGGAAGACUCUACAACAUGUUUGAAGAUAAACACCAACUGUUGAUGGAGAAGAUUGAGAACAUUGUGCGUGAAAACAAAGAAACCUUCCUCACCUUCUCUGAAGAGCCUGAACACAUGAAACCAGCUUUAAACCUGGUUCUGUGUGGGAGGAGAGGAGCAGGGAAGACUUCAGCAGCCGAGGCCAUUUUAGGUCAGACAGAGCUUCAUUCAGUCUCCAGCUCAUCAGAGUGUGUUAAACAUCAGGGAGAGGUGAGAGGACGUCAGGUUUCCCUGGUGGAGCUUCCUGCCUUGUAUGGAAAACCUCAGGAGGAAGUGAUGAAGGAAUCGUUCAGGUGUAUCUCCCUCUGUGAUCCUGAGGGCGUCCAUGCCUUCAUCCUGGUCCUACCUGUGGGUCCCCUCACUGAUGAAGACAAGAAAGAGUUAGAGACCAUCCAGAACUCAUUCAGCUCUCCAGUCAAUGACUUCACCAUGAUUCUGUUCACUGUGGAAGACAUCCAGGAGCUGCUUCAGAGCUGUGGAGGAAGAUCUGUUGUUCUCAACAUCAAGGACAAACAUCAGACCUCUGAGCUGUUGGAGGCUGUGGACAAGAUGAGAGUUGAAGGAUCUGAAAGCUUUAGAAAGGAAAUCUUCACCAGGGCUCUGAGUGAUAAAGGUACAAGGCCAGACAUUGAAGACAGAAGAUUUCAAGCUGAAAGUAAAGAUGUAAAAGUGCAGAAUAUAAAGACAGAGCCUCUGAGGAUGGUGCUGAUCGGGAAGACUGGCAGUGGGAAGAGUGCUGCUGGAAACACCAUUUUAGGAAAGCACUUUGAAUCCAGAGCCAGUCAGAGAUCAGUGACCAAGUCUUGCCAGAAAGCAUCAGGAAAGAUUGAUGGACGACCUGUUGUUGUGGUCGACACCCGUGCGUUGUUCGACACAGCUCUGUCCACUGAUGAAGUUAAAGAGGAGCUUGUGAAAUGUGUCAAGAUGUUGUCUCCUGGACCUCAUGUGUUCUUACUGGUGUUACAGAUCGGCCGGUUUACACAAGAGGAACAAGACUCUGUGGAACUGAUCAAGAAAAUAUUUGGUGAAAAUUCAGGACAUUUCAUCAUCGUUCUGUUCACCAGAGGAGAUGAUCUGAACAAUCAGGCAGUUGAAAGCUACAUAGAAGAAGAGUGUGAGGACUUUGUUAAAAAUCUAAUUGAAGAGUGUGGAGGGAGAUACCACGUCUUCAAUAACAACGAUAAGACAAAUCACACACAAGUCGGUCAGCUGCUGGACAAGGUUGAGACAUUGGUGAGAAAAAAUGGUGGUGGAUGCUACAGCAUAGAGCUGCUAAAUAUUGAAAACAAUUAUCAGAAGGUGUUGAAAAGGAUGGAAGAGAUGCAGGAAAAAAUGCAGAGAGAGAAGGAGGACCUUGAAAGAAAACAUGAGAAUGAAAUGGAG